AUGGCCGACCUCUCCACCCUCCGCGAAGUCAUCCUCCCCACACUCUUCUCCUGGAAAUCCCUCGCCAUUGUCCUCGCAUUACUCAAUCUCAAGAACAUUCCUUUCUCGUGGCACAUCCGUCUCCUAACCCACCUUCUCCUCAACCUCCGCCGCUCUCCGACCUCCCCACCCUUCCCAACCUGUCCCCCAUCUCCAAGCAGCAAGAAUCAAAAGAACAUCCAAACCCACCCAAUCUUCCACCCGCACACACUCACCACGCGCACCUCCCUCUGGGAAACCGACUACAACUUCCACAAAUCCAACAGCACGUAUUUCUCCGAUCUGGACAUCUCCCGCACAGCCAUCGUGACAAGACUCUACACACCGGGUUUAGCGCUCGUGAGCUUGGAAUUCGACCACGAGUUGAAGAACGGGAAGGAUGAGAAUGCCAAGGUCAAUGUGGGGAAGAAGGUGUAUGUCGCGCUGGGAUCGACCUACACUAGCUUUAAGAGGGAGAUUGGGCCGUUGCAGAGGUAUAGGGUGUUGAGUCGCGUGGUGGGGUGGGAUCGGAAGUGGGUUUAUGUGUUGUCUGCUUUUGUAGGGAUGAAUUCUGGGAAUGGGAAGAAUGGGGGGAAGGCGAAUGGGAAGGUGUUUGCUACGGCUGUGAGCAAGUAUGUGGUUAAGAAGGGGUGGGUUACUGUUCCGCCGGAGAGGGUGUUGAGGGCGAGUGGGAUGUUGCCGGAGAGGAGUGUUGAUGAUGGGGAGGGUGAGGAUGGAGUGGUGGUUGAGGAGGAGGAAGAGGGGACGGUGGAGGGGAUUGUGGAGGGGGUGGGGGAGGUGUUGAGUAAGGAUCAGGAUGAUCAUGCUACAGGACAAGGGGUAUCGGAUUGGACGUGGGAAAUGAUCGAGGAGGAGAGGGUUAGAGGGAUGAAGAUUGUCGAGGGCUAUGUGGGGUUGGAUGAGAAGUUGUUGGCCGAGUGGGAAUAG